AUGGCUGCCGCUGCUCCCGAAUCCGCCGACGUGACUGGCGCACGUAAACUGCCCACAGCCGAGGAGUUGUCGGAAGCGCUCAAAGUUGAUGUAUACGAUCGCGAAGGCAAGACAAAGACGUUAGGUGAACUGGUCAAAGGGUGCUUGAACUGCCAAGCGUAUGUCCGCUGCAUUAGCGAGUCUAUACCGCCAUCGAACCUCCCUUCCAAUACGCAGAUUCUCAUCAUAGGAUGCGGCUCCUACCAGCCCAUCGACACUUAUGCUGCCAACUCUUCUUCCAAAUACCCCAUCUACACUGAUCCAAGCCUUCGGCUGCACAAGCUCUUCCAGUUCAAAUCCAAUUUGGCUGAGGGCAAGGCCGGUGAUGAACAGCGAGAUUACAUGCGUAACGCAGGCAGCACGAUGUCAAGAAUCUUCGGCGGCAUCAAGGGCGCGUUGGGAAACCUGCAGCAUGUGAACUCUGUGGGACCAAAGGCAUUGAAUGGUGGUGAGGUGGUUUUAUCGGCUGAUGGCGAAUGCGAGUACAUGUACCGCAUGCAAAACACGGUUGAUCACACCAAUAUCUCAGAGCUGGCGAAGCUGAUUGGAGCCGAGUAUACGCCAGUGGAGGGCGAACAGAAGACAGCGCAAACUUGUGAUAAUCCAGCUGUGGAGGCGAAGUAG